AUGGUCACGGGGAGAAGAGAUCGGAGACGUCACGGGAGAAAUAAAGGAGACGCCACGGCAAAGGAAAAGCAUGGGAAACGGGAGAUCUGGAUCAUGGCGUUAAAUAGAAGAGGAAACUUAUCAGAUCAAGUAGAGACCAGAGGAAAACAGAGGUGGAGAAGUGAAGAAGAAGAAGAGAGCAAAGAAAGUAAAACAGUGCUGAUGAGGUGGCUUUGGAGGCUUACUGUCGGCACACGAGAUGUCGGUUUGGUUCACAUACAGUUUAUUCAUGUUCUCAAUCAACCCAAGAGUCCAAAGAAGUCAAUUAGGAACCCUAGUUCCACCGGAGGUGCAUUUUAG